AUGAGUGAAACGGAAUCUAAGGAACAUCAAAUUUCAAUCGAUGAAGAAACUUCCCAUAAAAUUCCAAUCGAUGACACUUUACCACACGAUGGAAAAUGGGUAAAUUUCCUUGACUGUUCACCAAACAUGGAGUAUGCGGUAUCUGCGCGUUUUGAAGAUAAAUCAGUUUGCACGUGGAAAUUCGUGAGAGGAGAAGAAGGGCCCCAAAUGAAAUUGGAACAUAAAUUCGAUCUUAGCGAUAUGGCUAUUUUAACGUUUCCAAUAAACGUCUCGGAUUUCAAAAACAUUUUAGUAGGUCAUUCUAAGAAAAAUACUUUCUGCCUCGAAAUCAGAGAUUUCACAAACAAGCCAACGCUGACAUUGGAUACUCAUGAUUUAAAAGGAAAAAUUGAAUUAACCGGUUUUCUAAAAAAUGGAGAGUUGGUAGUCGUUCAAGGGCAUCCUGCUAAUAAGCUUAACAUCUAUUCUAAUAGAAAUAAACAGUGGCACUGCAGGAGUAGCAUUAAACUCGUAAAAUUCAAUCGUUCCUUUCUUUCUCACGAUAGAUUGCUGAUUCUCACAGAUGUACCUUUUGUAAUUAUGCAAUGGGAUCUGGUGAAACAAAAUUAUGAGCAACAAUACGAAUUAGAUUGGAAUUUGUCCAGGUCUUGGGGUUCCAUCAGGAUGGAACUAAGCAGUGAUGGUACAUUCUUAGCAGUAACCGGAGUUUCGAGUCGGGAGAAUAAGUUAAAGGUCUAUUUUUAUUCAAAAAAAAUUAAUGCAUUGGUAGCAGAAACAUCGUUUGAUGAAACUCACAUCAGAACAAUGGGUUUUAUCAAAUUAAAGGAUAGUGAAAUUUUUUUCAUCUCUCUAGGACAGGAGGCCGAGUCUCAUUGUAUUCGUCUAAGCGAUCUUUCAAAUUUUAAAAAUCGAAUUGAGUCGACAAUCUACCAAUGGCAAAUGUACAAUUUAGGAGAGUUUGAUUUACCGGGUGGAAAUGAAUUUUUGAUUCGUGGCCAUUGUAUGCAAUUUAGUGAUGAUGGUUUACAAGUUUCUAGAUUAGAUCCGGAAAUUAAAGGCGAAUUUGGUGUAUAUUUUUUUGAAGGAAAAGUAUUUGAAAUAAUAGAAGAUUAUCUAAACGAAUAUAAGAAAAUGUAUCGUAAUUCCGAAAAAAAAAAAGAUUUAGAAAUGAAUCAACCAAAAGAAUAUCCUGGUACGCUAUACACAUGGAUUGUUGAGUACUUAAAGAAGGGCGUUAUGAUCGUAGCUAGGUUAACAGCGAGGAAUAAUGACACGAAGGAGGAUAUUGGAAAAGUGGAUGUAGAUUUGCACGCGAUUAAUAAAGAGGAUAUUUGUAUAGAAUUUGAAAUACUUGCAGGCAAUGAUCUUAUGUUGAUUUCCUCUUCUACCAUACAAAGAUGGAGAGUGAUGAACGGCAACAAAAUGUAUUUAAUUAAUUGUUGGACUCAUCUUGAUGUGUAUUUCAAAUCGACAACGGCACAAGAAGCCAUGAUUGAACAACUUACUUCACUAUAUAAUAAAUUGAAGUUACUAGGUCGGUCUCCUUUUAGCCCUUCUCCUUACUUCGACCAAAUGAUUAAACACAGAUCAAUAGGCCUGGCCACAUAUUUAAAAGAGGAGUCGGGAUUGUUAAAAGUGGAUUCAAGAAUUACUAAUGGAGAUUGGUUAGAUGUCUAUACAAAAGAACUUCUAACACGGAAAAUUUUUGCCAGAUAUUACGAAUUAUCCGUUGAUGAACUCACGGAAUACGUCAAGAAACUGGAGAAUGAGGUACCCGAAGAGGCAUUAUGGUCUAAAGCCAUUAAAGAAAUUGUCGGAUAUAAAAUAAAGGUUGAUGAAAGGAUCAAUGAGUUGGACGAAAAAUUUGAAAAUUUUGACGUAAAAUUUACUGAG